GUUGUUGGAUGCUUUCUGGGUGACGGAGCUGGAAGCCCACUGAGCCCGUUGCCCUAUAUAGCCCAGAAAGAGCUCCCGCCUGCCUCUGCACUCAGCCUGCUGCUGCCGGGAGAAAGUGGAAAGGUAGGUAAAGAGAAGUAAAACAAACACAAUAUACUGCAGCGAAAGUUUCUGAAAGAGAGUGUGAGAGCUAAAUCUGAGCCCAAUGUCAAUUUGUUCAUCAUCUUCAUAUGCGUCUUCAUCUUCCUCAACUAAAUUAUGGAUCGUCCAUGGCAUUGUGGCCGGAGCAGCCAUUGCUGUAGCCAUCGCUGCACGCGCCUAUCUGGGUAAAUCAAAUAAGUUUCGGAGUCGGGUCGUGGGUGUCAUACCUGCCCGUUUUGCUUCCUCUCGGUUUCAGGGCAAACUCCUUGUUAAUAUCCUUGGAAAGCCCAUGAUCCAGAGGACAUGGGAAAGGUCGAAAUUGGCAACCACAUUGGAUCACUUGGUUGUGGCAACGGAUGAUGAAAAGAUUGCAGAAUGCUGCCGAGGAUUUGGAGCUGAUGUGAUAAUGACUUCUGAAUCUUGCCGAAAUGGUGCUGAACGAUGCAAUGAAGCACUAAACAAACUGGAUAAGAAGUAUGAUAUUGUGGUCAAUAUUCAAGGGGAUGAGCCUCUUAUUGAACCAGAGAUAAUAGAUGGCGUUGUUAAAGCUUUGCAGGCAGCUCCAGAUGCAGUUUUUAGCACUGCCGUCACAUCUUUAAAACCUGAAAAUGCAUUUGAUCCAAAUAGAGUGAAAUGUGUGUUGGAUAAUCAUGGCUAUGCUAUUUAUUUUUCAAGGGGACUGAUUCCAUAUAACAAGUCAGGAAAGGUUAAUCCACAGUUUCCACAUAUGCUUCAUCUUGGAAUUCAGAGCUAUGACGCAAACUUUCUGAAGAUUUAUCCGGGGCUUCGACCUACCCCACUUCAACUAGAAGAGGAUCUAGAACAGCUGAAAGUUCUUGAGAAUGGGUAUAAGAUGAAGGUGAUAAAGGUUGACCAUGAAGCCCAUGGGGUUGAUACUCCUGUAGAUGUUGAGAAGAUAGAAUCAUUUAUGCGUGAGAGAAACUUCUCUUAGUUGUUGACAACAAAAUCAGGUCGUGAUGAAAGGAAAUCAGUUUGUAUUUUCUAGCAGAGAGCUUCUCCAUGUUGUAUUUUAGUUUGAUUUUGUGGUGUGCUCUUUCUCUAUAGGACUGUCUGACCAAAGGGAUUCAUUGAUUUCCUUGUAUUUUAGUUAGGAGUUUGGUGUUAGGUUUUAUGGGGUCUACUUAUAGCAGUAUGUUAGGUUCAUGGUCUGUGUAGAUAUCUUACUAACAAUUUUUUCUUUUCUCCUUUUUAUAAUUUACUGUAAAUAUGUACCAUUUUACCUUGAUGAAACUUCCAUAUUAACUUUGAUGAAACGGUAAUUUUCUGUAA